CGGGGGCGGGGGAGCGAAGCCGGGGCGCUGGGACUGCCCAGGCAGGCUGGAGGGAGGCAGCCCGGGCGCUGGAGGAGCGGGGCCAGCCCGGAGUCCGAGCGCAGCCGGGGAAAUGACGAUUGGCUCAGGAAUGCUACUUCUGCUGCUGCUUCCCUGCUGUGGCUCGGCCAGGGCACACAAUGGGGAUCUUACUGUCAGACCCACUUGCAAGCCUGGCUUUUCAGAAGAAGAUUACACAGCUUUGGUUUCGCAAAAUAUCAUGGAAGGGCAGAAGUUACUCAAAGUGAAAUUUAAUGGCUGUCCCGGGAAGAACGGAAUUCGGUACGAAACCAACAACUUGGACUUCAAAGUGAGGACAGAUGGGACCAUAUAUGCUGCCCACCAGGUGCAAAUCCCCUUGAAACAGACAAUGUUUAUGGUAACUGCGUGGGACCACCAGACCCUAGAGAGAUGGGAAACAAUGGUCAGAUUACUGGUUGGGGGGAAAUCACAGCACAAUGGACACAAGCAAAAAGGGAAGAAAAAUGCAUCUACAGAUCUUGCACCGCAACCGAGUGACACUUUAAUACCGUGGCGCCAGCCCCAGAACUCUAAUGGGCUGAGAAGGCAAAAGAGAGACUGGGUCAUCCCACCAAUCAAUGUGCCAGAAAACUCAAGAGGGCCCUUCCCUCAGCAGCUGGUUAGGAUUCGUUCUGAUAAGGACAGUGAGAUCCAUAUCAGAUACAGCAUCACUGGAGUAGGAGCUGACCAGCCACCUAUGGAAGUCUUCAGCAUUGAUCCCGUGUCUGGCAGAAUGUAUGUGACACGUCCAAUGGACAGAGAAGAAAGAGCUUCCUACCAUCUGAGGGCUCAUGCAGUGGAUAUGAAUGGAAACAAGGUGGAGAACCCCAUUGACCUCUACAUCUAUGUGAUUGAUAUGAAUGACAACAGGCCUGAGUUUAUAAACCAAGUCUAUAAUGGAUCUGUUGAUGAAGGAUCUAAACCAGGGACCUAUGUGAUGACGGUGACUGCAAAUGAUGCCGAUGAUAGCACUACAGCCAAUGGGAUGGUGAGAUACCGGAUUGUGACCCAGACCCCACAGAGUCCAUCACAAAAUAUGUUUACCAUUAAUAGUGAAACAGGAGACAUUGUCACAGUGGCUGCUGGACUUGACAGAGAGAAAGUUCAGCAGUACACAGUCAUCGUUCAGGCUACAGAUAUGGAAGGAAAUCUUAACUAUGGUCUCUCAAACACAGCAACUGCAAUCAUUACGGUGACAGAUGUGAAUGACAACCCACCAGAAUUCACUGCCAGCACUUAUUCCGGGGAGGUUCCUGAGAACAGAGUGGAAGUUGUGGUUGCAAAUUUGACUGUGAUGGACCGGGACCAGCCUCACUCCCCCAACUGGAACGCCGUGUACCGCAUUAUCAGUGGAGAUCCUUCGGGUCAUUUCACCAUUCGGACGGAUCCAGUUACCAAUGAAGGCAUGGUAACUGUGGUGAAGGCUGUCGAUUACGAAAUGAACAGGGCUUUCAUGCUGACCGUGAUGGUGUCAAACCAAGCUCCACUAGCAAGCGGAAUCCAGAUGUCCUUCCAGUCUACAGCAGGAGUCACCAUUUCAGUCACGGAUAUCAAUGAGGCGCCCUAUUUUCCAACAAACCACAAGUUAAUCAGGCUGGAGGAAGGGGUGUCCCCGGGGACGGCACUGACAACAUUUUCAGCUGUGGAUCCUGAUCGCUUCAUGCAGCAAGCAGUAAGAUACUCCAAGCUGUCAGAUCCUGCAAACUGGCUGAACAUUAAUGCCACAAAUGGUCAGAUCACUACUGCUGCUGUCCUUGAUCGAGAGUCAGUCUACAUUAAGAAUAAUGUCUAUGAGGCCACAUUCUUGGCGGCUGACAACGGUAUCCCCCCAGCAAGUGGCACUGGCACUCUGCAGAUGUAUCUAAUUGACAUCAAUGAUAACGCUCCUGAGCUUCUGCCAAAGGAGGCACAGAUCUGUGAAAAGCCAAACCUGAAUGUCAUCAACAUAACAGCCGCAGAUGCUGACAUCGAUCCAAAUGUUGGACCCUUUGUCUUUGAGCUGCCAAGUGUGCCAUCUGCAGUCAAGAAGAACUGGACCAUAACAAGGCUAAAUGGUGACUAUGCCCAGCUCAGUUUGCGAAUAAUGUAUCUGGAGGCUGGCAUGUAUGAUGUCCCAAUUGUCGUGACGGAUUCAGGGAACCCUCCCUUGUACAACACUUCCAUCAUUAAAGUGAAGGUUUGUCCAUGUGACGAGAAUGGAGACUGCACUACCAUCGGGGCCGUCGCUGCCGCUGGGCUGGGAACAGGUGCCAUCAUAGCGAUCUUGAUAUGCAUCAUUAUUUUACUAACCAUGGUCUUGCUGUUUGUGGUGUGGAUGAAACGCAGGGAAAAGGAGAGGCAUACGAAGCAACUUCUGAUCGACCCUGAAGAUGAUGUGAGGGACAACAUUUUGAAAUACGAUGAAGAAGGAGGUGGAGAGGAAGACCAGGAUUAUGAUUUAAGCCAACUUCAACAGCCGGAGACUAUGGAUCAUGUACUGAACAAGGCACCCGGAGUCAGACGAGUGGAUGAGAGACCCAUCGGUGCUGAACCCCAGUAUCCUAUAAGACCAGUAAUUCCCCAUCCUGGGGACAUUGGUGACUUUAUUAAUGAGGGCUUGAGAGCAGCAGAUAAUGACCCUACAGCCCCUCCGUACGAUUCCCUGCUGGUCUUUGACUACGAGGGGAGCGGAUCUACUGCAGGCUCUGUCAGCUCCCUCAACUCCUCAAGCUCCGGGGAUCAGGAUUACGACUACCUUAACGACUGGGGGCCUAGGUUCAAGAAACUGGCGGACAUGUAUGGGGGAGGCGAGGAAGAUUAAACUGACCUCAUGUUCUUAUUUAAAAAAAAGGAAGAACAUUUUAAAAAAAGACGAAAACAGGAAAAAAAAGAGACAAUGAAGAAGCAAGAACUGUACAGAAGUGGCAGCUUUUUUAAUUAAUACCCCCUGCUGACUGUAUUAUUUUUAGUAGUGAUUUAGGAGGUUUUUCUUUUUUUUUUUUCCUUUUUGUUUUUUUAAUGGGUUUGGUUGGGUUUUUUUAGAACAUUGAGCUGUCUAGCAUGAACACUGGUCUCUGCUGCAUUUUUUUUUAAAUGUCAGCUGGGAUAUCACUCAUUUAUCCGCUUUAUGACUAAAGAGAGUGAAAGGCACUCUGUCUUAACUUGAAUUUCUUAGAACAGAAGCACUGUUUUUAAAAUAUAUAUAUAUAUAUAUUUGAAAGUGCCUUUUGGUACAUGUAUCAGAUUCCCUUCAAUCUCAGGAGUGAUCAAAACAAACAUACAAAAACAAAUGUUUCAACCAUCUUGAGCAGCACUCUCUAUGACCCUAAGCCAGUUCUAGCUGGGAAGGAGUUAACAAAAGAAACUGUGGAGAUUGUUUCUUUUUUGCCUUUUUUUUUUUUUUAAGUGGGUGACUCGUUUUGGGGUGGGGGAAAAAAAUCUUAACAGCCAUCUUUAAGCCUAAGCAGGUGGUGAAUUAGUCAUAUUGUUGUAUAUAAUUCAGUUUUAUCAGAUGCAAAAUAUUGACUGGGGUUUCUCCUGUAACCUGGUCACACUUGAUGUAGCUGCAUAGAACUAUAGCAUUGAUAAGCCUUUGGUUAUUGCAACAAAAAAAUCUCAAACAGACCUUGCAUAAACCCUACAGUAAAUCAUGAAAUGACCAAAGGCCAUUUGUUUGUUUUUUGCUAUCGAUGUGUUUUUGGCUCCACCAACCUUUUGAGUAGUGUAAAUAAAAGCUGGGUUACAUGUUGCUGUCAUGCAUCCAUAAUGAUGCUUGUUAGUAUGAAAAUCAAUGCUGUUUUCUUAGCUUACCCAUACACAGGGAGAUAGCAUAAUCAGUAACCUCAAGACUACGGCAGUGUUAAUAACACGGACAGUUUAUCAGUACAUUACCAUGACAUUAGAAUAAAGUAGGUCUAGUACAAAAUUAAUGCCUUUGAGCAUCAGUAGCCAAAGCUCAACAGCAUCAUGUAACCCAACUAAUGUGUGUCCUUUAUAUUUGAUGGGUAGGCACUUCUAUCUAUAUUAAAUGUCUUUUGGAGAAGAAAAGCAACAAGGACCUAGUAAGUAUUUUGUGGUAAACAUGCUCAAACAUUGCCAAUUAAGCAAGAGGUUUUGCAGCAUCCAGACACAACAUCAGUAUUAUAAAUGGUAGCAUACUACCUAGUUUAUAUGUAAGGUCAGUUUAACCAAUAACAAAUAGUUAUUAGCUUUUUUUUAUUAUUAUUAAUUAUUAUUAUUAUUAUUACAUUUUUCCUUUACUGAUUUGGACUAGUGGCUUUAUGUCUAAUGUUUGUAAAAUGAUUUAGACUGCAUGGAUGUGUAAUAUAAACCACAUUUAAUGGAUUAUGAGCCACUUAAUUCAUGUGCUAUGAAAUCUUGGAUUACCUGUGUUUUAUAUUCUGCAGACAAUUUUGCAGUGGGUUCACUAAAAAAUUGUAGAAGUGCUUAGAUAUAUUUUCAUUUCAAUCCAAGACUGUGCACAGUAUCAGAAGGUGAUUAUCCAGGGGAUGAUCCUGCUUUUUUGAUAUGUAGAUUGAAUGCUGAGAGUUAAAAGGGGGAAGCGGGAGAGAAAGUGUGUGCGUGAUAAUGAACAGACAUUGUUUAAGAGGGACUACUAGGCUGCAGGAUUGUGUCUAUAGAUUUUUAAAAUGCUCCUAGUGCAUUUUAUAUUUCAUUGUAUCAUAUUUUCUAUAAAAUGCAAUUUCUGUAAAUUAAUGAGCAUUUGAAAUGUGUCUUGUCUGAAAUGGAAUGUGGUAAAAGUAUGCUUGAGAGGACUCAAUCUCUAUCUUUUAUAUUAUUAAUUACCAAGUAUGGGGGGAGGGGUUCGGUUGGCUUAUCCUUUCACUAUCCAGGAAAAAAACAAAACGGAAAGUGUACAUGUAAGUUUCUUGAGGAGAGAAAAUUGUGGCAGUAAUACCUCAGGAAACAAUGAGGAGUCCAGUGGCGACACAUCACUGUUGUUCAAAAGGUUCUGUUUGUCAGCAGAUGCCUCAACUGGGAUGAAGUGCAGUGCAUGACAAAUCCAGUAUCUGACGUCUUUCAAAAAUAUUUACUCCAUAACUGGGAACUCAGCCUUCUUCAUCUUGCCACUUGCAGAGUAUGUUCACUAGCAUUAGUUCACUAGCACCACAUACCUCACCCCUCCAGCCCAGCGUAACACACUGGCAAACUUUUCUAUACAGCAUCUGGCAAGUCAAGUAGUUUGUACCUGCUCUGAUACAUGGGGAAAUAACGGCGCUUGUACAGCAGCUUGUUUUGAAUUGCGGUCUCCUUGCAGAGAUUUGGCCUAUGAUCUUUAUCCAUGUACUGUCUUGAUCCUCUUUCUUUCCAGAAAAGCAUUAGACUUGAAUAGAUUAUAACCAGGAUGGAUGAUGCACCUGCAUGGAAACUGCCCAAUCGCAACAAAAUUAAUGAAUAAAAAACAUGCACUUAAAGUUUCUCAAUGAUUAGUACAUGUCAGUUGUUUGAAACCAUUAUUGUAACCUCCUUUUCAUCAGAGGAGGAAGAAGGAAAAGGGGUGGAGGGAGUUAUCCAGUGUAGAGACGCAAGAUGCAAGUAGUGCCCAGUUCUCUCUAUCUAGCAUGUUUCUUUCCCUCUAUGCAGAUAGCCAGUCCCUGGAAAGCUUUAUUCUAAGUGAAUAGCCAACCAGGAGUCAAACCUGAUGGUCCCCAGUUCUAAGUUAUGCUAUUCAAACUACUUGGUACUAGUUAGCUAAUGCAAAGUCUAAACAUCUAUUCUGGAAGGUUUGGUGUUACCUCUUGUGUCUUUGGUGGUGGUGGUGGUGGUGGAUGGUAGUGGUAUAUGGUGGUAUGGUAGUGGUAUAGGUAAAAAUGCUGAACUAUGAUAACAAGAAGCUGAGGUUAAGGAGAUUUACAAUGUAACUAUGUACAAGUUAAUUUGAUUAUCUCAAUAAGUGGACUUACAAUAGAGAUGAACAAGACAUUUAUCCACCAACAGUCACAGGGACAGUGCUAGGGUUAAGCAUAUUGCAACAUUUAGUGUUCACCAAUCCGAAGACUAUCAGAAAUCUUUCAGUGGUUUAAAAUAAAAUAAAGUAACCUAUUUCCACUGGAAAUUUUAAAAAUAAACAUUUUCCUGCAGCAUUUGCCCCUCCAAAUAUUACAGCCCAUGUAGGUGCAUAUGAGCCCAUUCAUGAAACAAAUGAAUCUGUUGUCUUCUGACCAAAUUCUACUCACACUUUUCCCAUAAGACCCCAAUGACAUCCAUGGGGGUAAUUGUGGCUAGAAUCUGACCCAUUGUCCAAGCUGCAGGACAUGCACAAGGUAAGCAAGCAGCAUAAAUAGCAAAAAUAAAUUCACUUUUUACAAUUUUUCACCUUUAUUAUGUUAGUUGGUGGUUGUAAGAUAGGCAAGGAAAUUUGCUUAUAUUUAAGAUAACAGUGCUCCUUUAAAAAGAUGUUUGUAUCAAACAGACCUGAUUGAAAUUUUUUUUGACAAACUCUUUCUUUUGCCAAAAAAUUCUGAUUUGUCAAAACCAAAACCAUUCAGAAGACAGGGUUAGGUUCAACAAAUCUUCUGAUGUGAAAAGUUUUUGGGGCAAAAAGUGCCAAUUUUUGAACUGGAAAAUUUCAAAUUUUUUGAGUCAAAAACAACUUUUUGUUUCAAAAUCUUGUUAAAUUAAACUAAUUUAAAAAAGAGGAAAAUGUCAAAAUAAAAUAUUCCUAUUGACUUGAAACACACUCCCACCCUCCAAAAAAUGUCAGAUUUUUGGUUCGUGAAACUGUGAGAUUUGCCUUUUCAUUCUGAUUCAGGACAAGAAAAAAUGUGGAUAUGUGAUCAUUUCCCAGGGAUGGGGAAAAACAUUUCCCACCCAGCCUAGUACCAAACCAUUCCUCUGAACCUUAUGGUGAUGGGACAUACCAUUUUUUGUUAGAGGCACAGGAUACCAGCUAUCAAGACACACUUGUAAGUUGUUGUUUUUUAACAGCUAAUGUUGUUGGGGACAAGAAAGUUUAUUCUCUGAGUAAUCUACGUAAUAGUAGUAGGCAUAACAAGCUAAUUAAUGAAAGACGUGGAGUCCAGACAUACGAGCAUGGGUGCCUUCAUCCUCCACUUCCCAUGUGAUGUGGGAGAUGAUUGAAAGAGCGCUGGCUUCAGGAAGAAUGGAGAGUUACCCCCUCCUGGUAUCAUCAUUCUGUGAUUUCCAUUUUCCCCACUAUGCCUCUUACAAUAGUCAAUAAACACUGUAGCACCUCUCACCUCUGUCGAAGGGAAGAGGCCAGCAAGGGGCAUGCUGAAUGCAAUGUAGAAGCCGCCCUACCUCCCAGAGACCAGGGUUACAUAUAGUCUCUGAGCCAGAGAUCAUAAAUAUCUGAGGUCACUCCCACACCUGCGACUGCCUCAUGACCGAACAUGGUCAGUGACAUAGCAUUAGUAAAGAUAACUGUCAGUAUCCAAUGUCUUUAUUAUGUAACUUGUAAAUAUUAAGCAUCAGUCAAGGAAGUCAUUUGCAACAAAACAAAACAAGAGAUGCCCUCAACGGGAGAUUACAGGAAACUGACAGUGAAUGGCUAACCUUUGGUGCUAUUAACUGUCCUUAUGUACUACUCAUACUUCUGUUUUUGGACCAGGAGAGCUGCCUUUGAUCAUUUUAAAGCAAUGGGGUGAAAUUCACUCAUGGUCAUAGGCCAGCACUAGGUCAAUGUACCCUUUAAGGCCUGAUUCAGUGAUGCUCAGAUCUGAAUUCACCACAUAGGGUUUCAGUGGGAAUUAAUUAAUCCAUAGUUCCCUCACACAGGGGUGAAUCUCACCCAUGCAUAAUUGCUAUAGUCUGUGAAGGGUCUGUCGAACACGCAUGCAGCAGUUGCAUCUUUGAUUGGCCUAAACAAAAUAUUGAAGACAACUUAUCUUGAAACUAUGGGACCUUUAUUUGUACUGUCUUUUGGAACUCUUCAGUGUAAAUGUAAAAGUGUUGGGGGAAACAAUGUAUGUGUUAAAAGCAUAGGUUUAAAAACAGCAACGAGCCAACGUAGUUUUCUCCCAGGCAAAAAUCCUCUCAGUUUCACGUGGAAAGAAAAAGGUAUCUCAAGUACACACAGAAACCACCGACAAUUGCUCACGGCAAUGUGUACAUAAUGUAGUUAUUUGCUCAAAGCUACAAAUGAAGUAGGGGAAGAAAAAAAAAACCAUGUAUAAUUGGAGCGCUUUUUUCUUUUCUUUUCUUUUUGCAUGUUUCCUUUUAAAAUGGACAAACUGUGUAGCAGCCCGCAUGAUUGUGGUUGUUUUCGAGAAGACUUCUCGUGUUCCGAUGUAUUCAUGCCGAAAGGCAAAAGCAAGUGCAUCCGUUAAACAAGGUCAAAAACCCUUUUUUUGUAACCGUCAACAGCACAACUAUUUUGUAUUGUUGUUUGUACCAUUUUUGUACCAAAAACAAAAGAGGAAAAAAAAAGGGAAGAGAGUAAAUGUUUUCAAUGUGUUUUUAGUGCCACUGCAAUCUUGGUUCAAAACUGAGUAACAGCUUUGCUGAUUUAUUGUGUAUCAAAGCUGAACUGGUGCAUUAGUGCCUAGCUCCAGUGUAAUAAAUAAAAUCCCCCUUUUAAUAGUC